AUGCCAGCAAGUGGUUUUAAAAUUCCCAAUAAUACAAACAUCAACUUUAAUGCUACUAAGGAGCCGCCAAACAAAGAAUACAGCGAGUAUUUGGCAAAGCUACAACAAAGGAAUAGAGAGAAAAAGAGAAUGGAGGAUGAUCCAAGAAAAAGGGAACUUGAGGAAAAAGAAAGAGGAUUUAAUUUAAAUUGGAGUGGAGCUAAUAAUAACAAAAAAGAUAAAACUUUGAAGACUACUACAUCAAAUGAGGACUUUACCGAACCCACUACAAAAAUUAAAAUCAGAAGAAGCAGACCAACCGGCUACGCGGACAGAAACCAAAUAAAAAGUGAAGAGAAACGUGGUUGGAAACAAUCAACAAUAGCUAUGAAGAAGGAAAAUGGAGAAAUGGAACGAAUAACACCAGAAAAACCUAGUAUGUUUGAAGGCGAUGAUGAGCAAGAGGAUGCCUCAGAAAUACUCUUCAGAAAGAAAACGAGAGUCACACUCAACAAGGACGACAUUGAAGCUCUCAGAAAGAGCCUAAGUUCUUUAGAUUGUCCUAAUGAAGAGAGUUUAGCUCAUUUAUCGACAAUGGAUACCUUAAUUGAAAAAUUGAAAAGACUGGACCAAUCCAAACAGAAAUAUUUGCUAAAGGUAUUAGAAAAAUUGGAACAGACAGAUAAAACUGUCGAAUUAGAUGUUUCAGAGGACGAAGAAACUCCUAAAAAAACUGUUCAAACACCUUCAAAACAGCAAAAUGAUACAUACUGCAUAAGAAUUUUAAGCACUUGGGGACAUUCUAGUAACGUUGGUCUUACUGAAAUAGAACUUUAUUCUUUUGAUGAAACAAAAAUCGAGAUUGUGGAUGAUCAAGUGAUUUCUGACUCGAAAAAGGAAAGUGUUAAAGGAGUGAGAGAAGUUGAAAUCCUUAGAAAUGAUGACCAGGUAUGGAAAGGAACUAUACAAAGAGGAAAUGGAAAUAAUGCCUUUGAUUACUCAACAUCUAUUCAAGUUAUGAGUCCAGAAGAAAUGCAAGCAAAAAGAUCUUCAUUUAAACCACAAAAAAUUGAAAUUGUGCAAGUGUCACCAAUCCCAAAGAAAGAAUUCUCACCAGAACCUUCCAACAGUGGUAAUGCUAUCUCCAGUAAAAUGGCUCUUUACGAUAGUGAAGAAAGCGAAGAAAGCGAGGAGUCUUCGGAAGAGGAAGAUGUUACUUCUUACACUUUAGAAAUUGAGGAUGAUGAUGACUUACUCAAGCUCACAGAAGAUAGGAGAUCAAGCCCUCCAACCGUUCCACCACUCUCUAUUUCUUUAAGAGAAGAAACACCAAAGAAGGUUGAAGAGCCUCAAAAGCCAUUACAUCUUGUUCCAGAUGGCCCUAAAGAACAAAAGGAUCCAAUAUGGCUUUCAUUGACAAAAAAUCAGAAAACACCAAAAGGAAAUGUUCUUACUGAUGCCCUUAAGAACACGAACCCAGAGAAGUUACCUGUGUGGUUUAGAGAACUGGAGAAAGAGCCAACCCAGGAAAAACCAAGAAAGGUUGCUGAUAUUGAUCUAGAAAAGAAAGAAGAGCCUCCAAAAGAAUCUCCAAAAGAAGUUUUAAAAACAUCUAGAUCAAGAAGCAGUAUCGAACAAAAGCCAACUCUUCAAACUGAAAAAAGUGUUGAUUCAUUACCUAUCGUUACUAUUGAAUCUGGAAGAAAGCAACCUUCGAGAUCCAAGAGCAGACCAAAGAGACCUCAAGUAAUAUAUAAUCAAUCUGGUUACACUGACAAAUCUUCUAUUACAAACGAAACUUUUGACUCCUUAAUGAAAUUCAAAUAUUCUCAUUUGGGUCGUCUUAAGCCAAGAGAUGAAGAAUCAAGCUCUUCUAAUGAACCUACAGAAAUCAAACCUCCAGUUUGGAAGAUUGAAAGAAGGAAAAGCAGUCAAAAACUUAUUACUAAGGAUGAAGAUUUAAUAUCGCUCCCUGCUUUAGCUCUUUCAAAAGAAAAACAACAACAACCUGAAGUUGACAUUAUAGAGGAAGAAGAAGACAUGGACUUCUUCAUUCCAAUUUAUCCAUCUGGUACAAAACUUGUAAUCAAUAUUAAGGAAAGUUGGGGAGAUCCCCACUAUCUUGGAUUGUCAGGUAUAGAAAUUUUCGAUAAGAAUGGUAACUUGCUAGUUCUAAAUGAUGUUUUCGCGCAAGUGAGGGCAAAUCCUUCUGAUAUUAAUAGCCUGCCAAAUAUUUCAAACGAUCCAAGAACAAUUGAUAAGGUUUUCGAUGGUGUGAACAUGACAUGUGAUGAUUUCCACCAGUGGUUGACACCAUUUACUCCAGGAGGAGACCACUUUAUAUAUGUUACCUUAAAUGAAAGGACUACAAUAUCUAUGAUCAGAUUUUGGAAUUACAACAAAUCAAGAAUCCACUCUUAUAGAGGUGCAAGAUAUUUAGAAAUUUUCCUGGAUGAUAAGCCUAUUUUCAAAGGCGAAAUUAAACCUUCCCCAGGCUAUUUGUCAUCAGUUGAAGCUGGUUCAGAGAGUAUUCUCUUCACCACUGAAACUGAGAUUCUUGAAAGAAUCGAUAGAUAUGAUCAAGAAGUUUAUGCCAACCUUCCAACAGAACCUGAAGUUAUCAAUAAUUGUGAAAGACCAAAAACAGCCAGUAAGGAUGUAAUGGAUACAAGCUUUAAUCCUAUUGAACAUUUUUCUAAUAUGGAUCCAUCCGAGAGACCACUCACUAGCGCCCUUCCGCCUAAAGAGCAACAUUUCAAUAACAAUAAUGGUCUUGUAAGAGGUCAAAAAAUAAGAAUUAUUUUAGAAAGCUCAUGGGGUGAUCUGUUCUACAUAGGGCUAACCGGUAUUGAGGUUCUUGGGAAGGAUGAAAAACUUAUUAAGGUAACAACUGAGCAGUUGAGCGCAAAGCCUAGAGAUAUGAACGAAGUCGCUGGCCACUCUGGAGACUACAGAACCUUGGAUAAAUUAGUGGAUGGUCUCAACGUUACCACUGAUGACAGGCACAUGUGGAUGGUACCAGUUACUUUAUUUAAAGAACGUCCUUAUAUAGAAAUCGAUUUAAGAAAGGAAACUGAAAUUUCUGGACUCAGAUUUUUCAAUUAUAAUAAGAACCUUGAAGAUACUUUUAGAGGAGUUAAGAAAAUUUCAAUCUUAUUAGAUGACAAACCAUUGCUAGACAAUGAAGAGAGCUGUUUUAUCCUUAAAAAAGCUCCUGGUAACACUAACUUUGAUUUUGGUCAUACUAUUUUGUUCUCAGAAACUGGAACAACCUCUAACAGAAACUCUUUAGAAAAUAUGACGUCAAAAUCAAAAGAAAACUCGGCUAGAGGUAGCUCCCUCAGAAACAGCUCUUUACUAAAUGAAGGUAUUCAGCAAGCUAUCCUCAAGGCACAAUCAAUGCAAAAUCUCCAACCGCCUCGUCAAGACUACCAAACGGCAUUGCUUCCAUGUGCCUAUACUUUCAAGUUCCAUUUGAUUUCUUCUCUUGGCGAUCCUUACUAUGUUGGAUUAAAUGGAAUCGAGCUAUUUGAUGCCAGACACGAGAGAAUUCCUCUCACAGUUGCCAAUAUACAAGCAAGCCCAUACAGUGUCUCGAAAGAUGAUGUCAGAACUCCUGACAAACUUCUUGACGGUGUCAAUAACACUUGGAAUGAUAGCCAUAUGUGGUUGACUUUAAUAGAACCUGGUCAAGAUAAUUAUUUGUACAUUACAUUUGAGGAACCUAUUGCUGUGUCUUUUAUUAAGAUUUGGAAUUAUAGUAAAACUCCCAGCAGAGGUGUAGAAGAGUUAAUUGUUUAUGCGGACGAUGUAAUUAUUUAUAAGGGAUUUUUAAGAAUGGCCCCUGCAAUUAACGAUCUUAAUAUUGACCUUAAGAAAGAUUUUGCUCAAUCCAUACUAUUUACAAAUGACCCAACCAUUUGCCAGCGAGAAAAGAAAAGAAUUUAUUCGAGAACUCUUGACGAUCAAGAUGUAAAGUAUUACAAUGAAAAACAAUUGGUUAAACCAGCAACUCAACAACAAUUACCUCCACAAUAUCAUGUUAAACCCCCUUCACGAGAAUACUACCCUUCAACAAGACCUACAACAUCCGUUGUCAAUAAAUAAACCUUUUUAAUUUACAAU